GGAAGGGAGGGUGUUUAGCUGGAGGCUGGAGGGAGCCAAACGGGUCCAGUGCCCCAUUGCAGGGGAGAGGGAGAGUAAACUAAGGAAGUUCUCCAACGAUAACGGUCCGCGCAAGAAAGUUGAGUAAGAUAUGGCUGGCAGAGGAGUUAUUGGGGAUAAAUGGUCCAUGAGGAUUCUCUGGUUUUGUGCAAUUGGAAGUGCAAUCAGCCUGUAUAUGGUUGCCACAGAGAGACAAAUGCAGAAUAGGGAGCGGAUGAUGGCUGAAAGUUUGAAGGCUAUGGAAUCUGAUGGAGGUGGAGGAGAGGAAGUUUGAAUGCAGAGGAUUGGAAUCCAAACUAAAUAUAUUUUAGGAGAAUUAUAGGCAUGAUGGCAAAGAUGAUGAUGGUGGUGGUGGUCUAUUUAUCUUCCGUUUGAAAGCCAUCACAUUGUUGGCGAAGAUUAUGAAAUUUGUACUUUUGUUUUUUAUCCUCUGGCUUAUAGGUCAACAGGUAGAAUAUGAUAUGAACGUUGCACAUUUAGUUCGUGCUUUUAUGCCUCUUUGUUGCUGUCAUUCUGACAGCAUAAGAUGAGUGCUGCAAAAAUUUGAGCAAUGGUCCAUUCCAUUCCUCUCUAUUCCUAAGCACAGAUCAUAGGAUUGCUUUAAAUGAUAUUGUCUUCUUUCAAUUUUUGUAGACUCACGCUUUUUAAAUAAAAUGAUUCCUAGGUUUGUGUUA